AUGGAGACCCCUAGUGGUGGCUGUGGAGCAGCUGACGGGAUCAAGACUGAGGAGGAAGUGAAGGAGGACAAUCAUCAGGAGCAGGCUCCCAAGAAGGCCAAUCUGUCUGGGCUGGCACCAGCAGAACCCAAAGGGAUCCCUCCCCUGCGUGGGGCCUGCAAGGGCCAGUACCAGCCGACGCAGCUGCCAAGAGCCCACCCUGGGAAGAGACGCCAUGGGAGAGGAGGUGUCAAGAAGCUGCAGGACUUCAUUGUGCAGCAGAUCCUGCAGCAGUGGGAGAGGCUGGGGUGGCGUGCUGGCCUUGCCCGGCACUCGCGCCAUGCCCAGCCACAGGACACAGAGGAUCCACACGGGCGAGCGGCCUCACCCGUGUGGGGAGUGCGGCAAGUUGAGAGCUCGGACCUGCACAAGCACCAGCGGGUGCACACGGGCAAGAAGCCCUACCCACGUGGGGAGUGCGGCAAGCAGUUCAGUGGCAGCUCCAACCUCAUCCAGCACCUGCGCACCCACACCGGGGAGCGGCCCUACCGCUGCACCGAGUGCGGGAAGAGCUUCUCGCAGAAUGCCACCCUCAUCACCCACCACCGCAUCCACACUGGCAAGUGCCCCUACAAGUGCCAUGCCUGUGGGAAGAGCUUCGGUGCCCACUCCACCCUCUUCCAGCACCAGCGCACCCACAUGGGCGAGCGCCCCUACCAGUGCACCCAGUGCGGCUGCUGCUUCAGCCGCAGCUCCUACCUCGUGGUCCACCAGAGACUUCAUGGGGGGUAG